AUUCAGUUAGUUAACUGGAGAUGGCUAAUAUUUCAGGGAGACAUUCGCUAUAAAGUAUUAAUAAUUACGACACUGUAUCGAUACAUUUCUUUACAAAAAGGCUCAACUGACGACGUUACGUUACGGUACGGCUGGAUUCCCUUCGGAGGUCGUUGUCAUGGCACCGCCAAAAAAGAGUGCGUUACCCAAACCACUCCCAGAGGGCUUCAUACUGACCGACAGUGAGAAGAAGAAGUGGAGGCUGGGGAAAAUGAUCGGUCAAGGUGGCUGCGGACUGAUCUAUCAAGCCUCCCAUGAUGUGGACAGACCUGUUGCAGCAGACAGUGACUUUGUCAUAAAAGUGGAGUCCCAGGAGAACGGCCCCCUGUUCUCGGAGCUCAAGUUCUACCAGAGGGCAGCCAAACUAGAGAACAUGCAAAAAUGGAAGCAAAGCAAGAAACUGGACUUCCUGGGAAUCCCAACGUACUGGGGAUCAGGACUCGCUGAAUAUAAUGAACUCAGGUACCGUUUCAUGGCCAUGGACCGACUGGGCAGUGACCUUCAGAAAAUCUGUGAGCGCAGCGGUGGUCGACUGAAGAAGGCCACUGUUCUCCAGCUCGGGCAAGGACUGGUGGAUGUACUGGAGUACAUUCAUGAGAAGGAGUAUGUCCACGCGGACAUUAAAGCUGCUAACCUCAUGCUGGGUUGCAGAGACCCUGAACAGGUCUAUCUAGCAGACUACGGGCUGUCCUACAGAUACUGUCCUGAAGGAGUCCACAAAGAAUACAAGGAGAACCCCAAGAAGGGUCACAAUGGAACCAUCGAAUACACCAGCCUGGAUGCCCACAGAGGAGUUGCUCCAUCCAGACGUGGUGACCUCCAAAUUCUGGGUUUUUGUCUUCUUCACUGGUUAUGUGGAUCUCUGCCUUGGGAUAAAAUUCUCAAGUACCCAACUCGGGUCCAGGAGGCCAAGGACAGACUGAUGGAUAAUCUGCCAAACUCGGUCCAGCAGCUGUCAGUGAGAGGAGCCAGCACAGAUGAGGUGGCUGCAUUCCUCAACUCCGUGAAGACUCUGGACUACAAAGAAAAGCCAAACUACCAGCAACUCAAACAGCUGUUGGCCAGCGUUGUCACAGGGAGACUUGACUUCUCCGUGCCACGAGAGCUCGCAGGGGAGUCCAGCACCAAGGUACAAGCCCCCACCAGGGAGAAGACAUCAAGACGAGCCAGAGGGCCCUCCAAAGCCAAGGCUGUGGCCAGACAGCUGGAUGAUGAUGAUGAUGAUGAAGAUGAAGAGGCGGAGGAGAAGGUGAAGUCUAAACCUGUGCCAGCUCGCUACAUAAGAGGACCGUCCCUCACCAAACCUCAGUCCCAACAGAAGGAAGAUGGAGAGUUGCCUGCUGUCAGCAGAUCAUUGAGGCCAAGACCUGUGGUGGCUUAUGCAGAAGACGACAGUGAAGAAGAGGAGGAAGAGGAGGAGGAGGAAGAAGAGGAGGAGGAGGCCAGACCCAAACCCAUCCCUGCAUGCUAUCUGAGAGGCCCUCCGAUUGGCCCCAGAGCUCAACCCAAACAGAAAACCAAACGGACCGGCAGGAAAACAGACGACCUCGCCGUGACCUCGGAGAGACGGGAACGACUCCUCCACUCGCCAAGCGCAAUACGCACGCUGACAAACUGCAACGCCAAGAACCAAAUGUACUACAGGGAGAGACGGGAUGAAAGGCUGCCCCUUACAAUGAGGACUACCGGGGGUUAAAGCUGCAGGAGGACUGGGAUCCUCCUCGGGAUCACCUCUCGACCCCUUCGGCCCAUCGAGAGCGUUGCUGCAGGGGUCCGCAACAGGAACCCGGUCCCUCACGGAGGAGCGGACUGUCCUCCUGGCUUGUCUUCGUGGGCGUCUUCUUUCUCCUGGGGCUGGCUGCUCUCGGCGUUUCCCAAAGUGCUUUUAAAUCCCGUUGAAAAUAAUAUUUUCAAAGGAACGUCUCAGGACUGCUGGGCGGCCAUCUUCACCGUAAUGGGCUGAAAUGGAAAGAGAAUCUUAAGUAUUCUGAUGAUUCGAUGUAUUUAAAUAAGGUUAAAUGAAAAGAUUUCUCAUGCUUUUUGUGACUGGACUUGAAUCAAUGGCGUUGUGUAUUCACAGAUGUCCUGGAACAAAUACUGUACUUACUCUUUUAUCAAUGCUGCUCCCUAUUCAUGAACGCUCUCAGCAGAGAGAAGGUUACUGGAUGUAUAGAGCCCCGCUGAUUAAACUACACUGAAUGUCUAGUGACUCUGUGAGUGAAGGCCUUUUACACACACACACACACACACACACACACACACACGCACACACACGCACAC